AUGGACUAUUCCUAUGAAAAGUUCGAGGCCUUUUUUUUCCGAUACAGCUAUUCGGAUAGUGAUGAAAAUCUCAGCAGGGAUCAAGUCUUCAACCCCGAACUGGUCAUUGCCCACUGCUUCAAGCAGUUCAAACAGAAGGACUUCCAUCUGCCUCCAAGCCGCCGGCGGAUCAUCAUCUUGCCUCAAGAGAAAUAUGCAACUCCGGUGGAUCCAACACCACAGCCCCAGGCUCCCACACAAAGCAUCCCCAGCUUCAAAGCCCUGGAAGUCAGGGACAUCCCAGAGCCCCCGGAGGAUGUGAGAACCUGGAUGAGCCAGAGGUUGAAAUGUCGGCAGGAACUGGAGACAUUUGGCAACAUAGACAGGUGGCUGCAGAACAAGUGCAGCCUCACGCGUUCGGAGGCCAAGAUCUUACGCAGGACCCACGAGGAGCAGCCUGUGGCCCCGUUGAUGGUACACUUUGUUCCUCCCACCCCCGCCAAGAAGAAAAGCCUCCGACGCCACCACCUCCGUUUGCCCCAGCUCCGACUGCCCAAGCCCUCUGCCCUAUUUACCUUUUACUCCUUCCUGCGCGGCCGCAAUCUGAAGAUUCUGGAUAUAUUUGCCAAGGUGGACCUGAGCAAUAACCAGACGAUCUCCAGGGAGAUGUUCAUUACGGCGCUGAAGGUGCUUGAAGUCCCUCUGAAAUACCAGGAGAUAGAGGAUGUUGUGAUCUACCUCAGCUCUCUGGGGAAGCACAACAAAAUCACCUUGGAUAGCCUGCUCAACACCUAUAAGCAGUGGGCCUUUGGCCAGCCGAAAAGCAAGAUGAUAACUGCAAAGGAUUCCUUCCUUAAGGUUUCCACGUCUAGAGUUUUGUCACAGCAGCUGUCCAAGAAGCAGGCGACUUUUCCCCCCAAAACUCCCAAGAUGGACCAUCUGAAGGUGCCUAUAGUUAACACCAAGAUGGAGUCAAGGCCCUUGACCCUGGAGGAGAUGGAAGAUAUUGGCAAGCGGUAUCGGCAGAGGAAGCGGCAGGCCAAGCUCACAAUCCCCUCCAUCCAGUACACGGAGCAGUGCCGCCUGGUGCGCAGUGGGAAUAAGCACUUUGAUAGCCACUGCCUCCCGUCCACCAUUCCCGGGGAGAUGGGCGACCGCCUCAACCUGUUCCGGAGGGACACCUUUCUCGUGUACCUGAAGUGCCAGAAGGCCUGUCAGUACUACGGCCUCCAGCUGUCCGAGGACGUCCUCAUAAAAGCCCUGCUAUACCCAGGGGACAAGAUCAUUUCCCAGAUGGACCAAGUGCGCCCCAUCCGGCAGCCAGGAGGCUACUACUCGGACCUUAUCCCCGGCUCAACUCCAGCCCUGUUCAAGGCCCUGUGCUCCAAAAAGUCUAUGGCUAAGAAGAUGGACAAGAAUCAGCCAAAGGAAAUGAACUUUGAAGAGUUUGAGAAAUUCGCCAGGAAGCUGAAGGAGAAGAGUCCCUAUGGUACAGGGCAUACCCACCCCAACUUCUUCUGGCCUGGUCACCUCCUGGACAAACUGCAGCUCUACCUGCCCUCUGUGCCUGUGGACCGGAGCCUGAUGCUAUUCAGUUGUGUCCAACAGCGGCCCCCAGCUUACCCAGUCACCUGCCACUCCUAUCUGCGAUGGCCCAUUAGAAACAGGGACUAUAUGACCUGUGCUUAUUCCGAUGCCCCCAAGGUCAUCUACAGCAACCAGAGUGGCCCAGGUGAUGUCAAACCCAGCCAGCCUGGGGCUGGAUACCAGUGCAGGUAG